AUGGAUUGGCCAGCUCUCACCUGCUACACUGCGGCCCUGAUCAUCCUCUUCCUGCCGUUGCGGGCAUCCGAUGACCGGCUUGUCCCCGGCGAGCGGCUCUUCCCUGGCACCACCAUCGUUUCCGAUGACGGUGCCUUCGCCUUGGGCUUCUUCAGCCCCUCCAACUCCACUCCGGCCAGCCUGUACUUGGGCAUAUGGUACAACGGCAUACCGGAGCUCACCGUCGUGUGGGUCGCCAACAGGGAGACGUCGGUCAUCAACGACACUUCCUCUGCGCCGACACUCUCCCUCACCAACAACUCCAACCUUGUUCUCUCUGAUGCUAGCAGCGGCCGUGUCAUUUGGACGACUGAUGUGGCCGCUGCCUCAAGCUCCAUUGCAGCAGCGGCGGUGCUUGAGAACACCGGCAAUCUCGUCGUUCGGUCGUCGAAUGGCACCACGUUGUGGCAGAGCUUUGACCACGUCACUGACACGUUCCUCCCUGAAAUGAAGAUACGGAUCAGAUAUGCCACCCGUGGCAUCGGCAUCCGUCUGGUGUCCUGGAAGGGGCCCGAGGACCCAUCGCUCGGGCGCUUCUCCUACGGAGGUGACCCGGACACGCUCCUUCAGUUAUUCCUCUGGGAUGGGACGCGCCCGGUGGGCCGCACCAGCCCUUGGACCGGAUACUUGGUAAAAGGCGAGCACCAAUACCGGAAGGUUAACGGCAGCACAGCGGUGAUCAUCUACAUGGCCAUCGUCGACAAUGACGAGGAGAUCUACACCACUUACACUGUCUCUGCCGGUGCCCCACACACAAGGUAUGUGGUGACUUACACUGGAGAUUACCAGCUCCAGAGCUGGAGCACCAGCUCCUCGUCAUGGGUUAUCCUCGCCAAUUGGCCAUCCCCUGAAUGCAACCGAUAUGGCUUCUGUGGUCCGUAUGGCUAUUGUGACCAGACAGCGAUGCCCAUGCCGAUGUGCAAGUGCCUUGACGGCUUCGAGCCAGCAAGCACGGAUGAAUGGGCAGCUGGUAGGUUCUCGGCAGGGUGCCGACGAAAGGAGGCAUUGCACGGAUGCAGUGACAACUUCUUGGCCUUGAUGGAGAUGAAGGCGCCAGACAAGUUCAUGUUUGCUGGAGGAAACAUGAGCACAAUGGAGGAGUGUGCGGCGGAGUGCAGGAACAACUGCUCCUGUGUGGCGUACGCAUACUCCAACCUGAGCAGCGGCAGGUCUGGAGGAGACGUGACAAGGUGCUUAGUAUGGGCGGGGGAGUUGAUUGACACCGGGAGGUUCGCCGAAGGGCUUGGCAGCGCCACGCUAUAUCUCCGCCUUGCAGGCUUAGAUGUAGCAGCUGGUAAAAGGAGAAAGAGUACUGCAACUAUAAUUAUGCUGGCAAUUUUAGGAACUGGAGCUGUGGUAUUCCUAUGCAUUUUCGUGGCAUGGCUAAAAUUCAAAGGCAAGAAAAAAUGGAGAAAACACAAGAAGGCAACAUUUGAUAGUAUGAGUACCUCUUAUGAACUUGGGGAAGGAAACCCACCACAUGCCCAUGAAUUUCCAUUUGUAAGUUUUGACGAAAUUUCUCUAGCAACGAACAAUUUCUCCAAGACAUGUAUGAUUGGACAGGGAGGAUUUGGCAAGGUCUACAAGGGAUUAUUAGGUGGACAAGAAGUUGCUGUCAAGAGACUAAGUAGUGACUCUCAGCAAGGAGUAAAGGAGUUCAGGAACGAAGUAAUUCUGAUUGCUAAAUUGCAACACAGAAACUUGGUUCGGCUUCUUGGAUGUUGUGGAGAGGGAGAUGAAAAGUUGUUGAUCUAUGAGUAUCUUCCGAACAAAAGCUUAGAUGCUACCCUUUUUGAUGAUUCAAGAAGAUUGAUGUUGGAUUGGACAACACGGUUUAAUAUUAUCAAAGGGGUUGCAAGGGGACUUUUGUAUCUUCACCAGGAUUCAAGGCUAACUAUAAUUCACAGGGAUCUCAAAGCUGGAAAUGUUUUGCUGGAUGUGGAGAUGAAACCCAAGAUAGCAGACUUUGGUAUGGCGAGGAUCUUUGGCGAUAACCAACAAAAUGCGAGCACCCAACGUGUUGUGGGAACAUAUGGAUACAUGGCCCCAGAAUAUGCAAUGGAAGGCGUCUUCUCCACCAAGUCCGAUGUCUACAGCUUUGGUGUGCUAGUACUUGAGGUUGUGACUGGUAUAAAAAGAAGCUCCAAUAGUCACAUCAUGGGCUUCCCGAGCCUCAUUGUGUAUUCAUGGAAUAUGUGGAGGGAAGGAAAGACAGAGGAUUUGGUGGACACAUAUAUCAUGGAUACUUGUUCACUGGAUGAAGUUUUGAUUUGCAUCCAUGUAGCACUCCUGUGUGUCCAGGACAAUCCAGAUGACAGGCCACUCAUGUCGUCCGUUGUGUUCGUCCUAGAGAACGGAAGCAGCACACUUCCACCCCCUACUUGUCCUGCCUACUUUACACGAAGAAGCGCCUACUUUACACGACGAAGCGCAGAAAUGGAGCAAAUUAGAGAUGAUAUCCUGAACUCUGGGACUAGUUUUACUCUCACUGAGAUUGAGAGGAGAUGA